CAGUUGGCUGAAUCUUAUUUUCAUGCAAACUUUCCUUUAUUUUCUCCUUUAUUUACUGAUUUUGAUGUAAAGUGUCUGCGCCGCUAUCCGUGGUGCUGAAUUUGAUUUUCUGAUUGGAAGCUAAACUGAUCUAUAUUGUUUUAGACACUUUCCACAGAUAUCUAUUCACCUGUGUGUUGCUGAUCUUUUGGAUUCUUUGAAAUGUUUUAGGGUUCCAGCUUUGGUGCAACGGUGCAAGUUACUAUAAAUGCCUCCAUUAGGGCUUAUUUUGUGUGGUUUGGCAGCCUUUCCCAGAAAUGAACGCUUUCUUGAUUUGCAUCUCAUUUAUAUCUUAGCAGCACAGGUGGUCCAAUACCCUUUGAGAGAAUAACAAGACAUUCUUUAUUGCACUCGUUUGUUGAGUUACAAAUUGCACAACCAGGCGCGCAAAGAGAGAGAGAGAGAGAGAGAGAGAGAGAGAGGAGCUGGUACUGUACGUCUUUCCUAAUAACCAACAGUAGCUCUAAGGGGCGGUGUCCGACAGACGGAUAGAGGAGAGCUGGUGUGCACACAAGCUUCACUUUUACGCAUCAGUUGUUCGUGUAGGUGUCAAUGCCGAAGUUACCUUGGAUUUGGAUUUUCAAAAUACCGCAAGUGUCUUUAUAACAUAAAUCAGGUUUAAGCAACAUCCAAAGUGACAUACACCAGCGGAGUGUGUGAGAGUGAGGAACAAGUGAAAGUUUACGUCAUGGGAGCGCAUGGAUGGAGCUCAGCGCGUCUUGGGUUUGUCCUUUGUGGAUAUUUUGCGUUUUUCUGCGGGGAAAUUGUUCCACAGGCUGAAGCGGGCUGCAGGGAGAGGGAGAGCCCAAACUGCUGCACCGGCCGGAACAACGAAUGUUUUGAGUACAGCAAGAGAAAAACAGUGUGCUAUUGUGAUACCUACUGUCAGAAAACCAGAGACUGCUGCGAGGACUAUCAGCGUGUGUGCCAAAUAUCUGCAGCCAUUGACUGUGUGGUGGGAUCAUGGGGUCCCUGGUCAUCAUGCACAUCUCCAUGUGGAGUUGGCAGCACAGAAAGGAGUCGGCAAGUGUCUGUUCCCCCUAGAAACGGAGGCACGCCCUGUCCUGACCUCAAACAGCGUCGAGGAUGCUUUGGAAACAAUGAAAUAUGCAACACUGCGAAAGAGGUGGCAAAGAUCCUGCCUGAUUCUUUCAAGAGGAACUUCAAGGACCCUUGGAGGCGACCACACAUGCUGAUGAAGGAGGAGAAGGCCAGUUACUGUGUGUACCUGCGGGUGAAACAGACCAGUGCCGCAUGUAAACUCAAACUGUGGAGUGCUCAGUUGGUGAGAGAGAGGCUGGUCUGUGCAGAGUGUCAGAGUGAUGCCAUGUCAAAGUCAGACCGCUGUGGAGGCGACGGCCUAGAGAGCACCAGAACGUUCUGGGCAGCAGCUUCAGUCCCGGGCUGUCACGGUGCCUGGGUGCGAGAGUCGUCUUCUGAGGGCUGCCGGUGUCCUCCCUACUCUGUGCUCUUUGUGUGAGCCGGCAUGAAAACCCCAGACAUCGCAGGGACAAGAUUUCCCUCAACACCUCCUGCUAACUAUGGAAAGCCCUGCCAGCCAAGCCAGACCCCUCUGAUCCAAAUUACUGGAUGGGUAACUCAAGGAGAUCAGCAGCAUCCUGCCACUUUUUCCUUUCACCUCAUACUCUGUACUGUAUACACUAUUGCUAAGCACAAUUCUUGCAUUUAACUUCAGAUUUUACAGCCACGUUAUGUACUUAUCCUCCUCCAAAGCACAGCAACAUCUAUAUGCCUUUUUACCUCUGAAUCUUUGCUAUCUACCUCCAUCAAUGCAAGUGCAUUUGUUAAUGCAUAAUGUAUAAAUAUAUUAUUUUGCUUUAUACAUUUUCUACUUUUGAUUGUUUAUGUGUUAUGUAUAUGUGUCUAUAUAGCUACACUUAUUUGUAUCCAACAGUUUAAAUAUCAAACAGCAGUUGCUGCACCCAGUUCAAUCCAAAGGGUCCUAAAUCACCUGCAGGUUGGAGAUGCUGAAAACAGGUUUAUCCAAAUUGUGUCCAUUGCUAGAAUCAUUGAGUCAAUAUAUCUGUGUUUUACAGUUUUGUCCCUAUUAUUAUAUAUUUUCAACAAAAACAUUUAUACCAGCAAGUCAAGUUGAAUAUCAGGUAUUGAUUCUCAGGUGCUGAGAUUUGUGUCUGUGUCUCCCAUCAAGCUUCCUCUUUCAUGUCUGCCUCUUCUGAUGGUCAGUCACUGAUGUUUUUAGUAGUUUAAAGUGACUCAUAGAUGAAUUCAGUCCCAUCUGUUUAGGCCUAAUAUUACUGGGGAGGAAAAAGAGCCAUUUAAGAGAAUUUCACUGUGGUUCUCUCUGUCCUCUGUGUCCAAGACUGAAAAGAAUUGCUUCAUAACUAUGUUUUCUCAAAACUCCCUGCCCUGCUCAGAAAUUCCAUUAUCUUCACAAGGGGGUUUUAUCAGCAAAGUAUCAUCUAAUAUAACUAUCACAUAAAGCCAUGUUACUCCCAUUUUAUUAAUUAACAGAAUCUACUCAUAGAACUCCCCACAACUCCUCGAUCUGCACUUCUUCUCUGCCCUUGUUGUCUCUACUGACUUGUUGUUUGCUUUGAAAGAAACUGCAGAUUAACCACAGCGAUACCUCCUUAAAAACAGGAGUCAGUCAACUGGCUCAGUACGCCUUCACGCAUCUCUUGUUCUGCUGGUUUAAGAAGAGGACAAGUGUAGUCCCAGUAAAGGGCCUUUCUCUCUGGAAAGCUGUGAGCUUUCUCUUUCUCUCCCAUGUCUGUGUCUGUGUUUGUGUGUUUAUUUAUUAUAAAACAAGUGAUGAUUAUAUUAGUGCAGCACAGCAUACUCUGUACACUGUCCAUUAGCGAAAAUAAACAACUAUACUGUC